AUGUCAGGAAGGCCUGGCAUUACGGAGAAGCGGUUGUCCGCCAAACGCUUCCACCAGCUUCGCGACAUGGCCCCCGACAAUAUGCUGAAUCCUAACGAUGUUACAAUCGAUAUCCCGCUGCACUCGGUCUCCAGUCGCGGUCAAACAGGCGCUCGCAAGUCAAGCGUCAACGCACCCGACUCCCCAGGCCCUUACCAACCACCGGUCGAUAAUAGCGAAGAAAAGCAGGGCCUGGUCGCACCAAACCCCGGUCUGCGCAGGCGAAUCGACGAGUCCACGGGCCGUUCUAUCGAUGACCCCGAAGAUGGUACCGUCACUCGUGUCGGCCGCUUCUACCAGGCGGUCCUCAACUACUCCAUCGCUACCCGCUACCUGAUCUACGUGAUACCGCUCGCUUUGUUACUCGCCAUUCCGAUUAUUGUAGGAGCCACGGCCGCGCAGGACGCGACCAUCGGCGGAGUGACUCUCCCCUGGUUCUUCUUCUGGUUCGAGAUUGUCUGGAUUAGUCUGUGGGCAUGCAAGCUCGCAGCUCGAAUCAUCCCCUACAUCUUUCAAACGUUGUGUGGAUUUGUUAGCUCUGGAACCCGCAAGUAUGCCCUCAUCUUGCGAAAGCUCGAAUUUCCGAUCGCCACGGUCCUGUGGUGUGUGGUUUGUUUGGUGACAUUUUUGCCAGUUAUGACGCAAAAUCCCCACCAGAAGAAGAUCAAUGACACCUCGACCAAGUCAUGGGAGAAGUCGAUCAAGAACAUCCUAUUCGCUCUUUUCGUUUGCAGUUUGAUCUUCUUGGGCGAGAAGGCACUCGUGCAUUUGAUCUCUAUCAGCUACCACCGGAAGCAGUUUGAUGCCCGCAUCAAAGAAGGCAAGCGAAAUGUCUAUCUUAUUGGCCUCUUGUAUGAUGCUUCCCGUCAGAUGUUUCCCAUGCACUGCAAGGAAUUCCGCGAGGAGGACGCCGCCAUCGCGGACUUCCUGCUGCAAAACCCCACGAGCAAGACGCGCAUACCGACCAGCGGCUCAGCCCCUCUCCGUCUCAUCCGCGGAGUCGGUCAGAACGUCCAGAAGAUUGGCCAUAAUGUUCAGAGAAUCGGUGGCAAGGUCAAGGGUGCCUUUGGUGAUGUCGCCCAAGAACUUACUGGCAAGCAAGUUUUCAACAACACCUCCACGCGCUCAAUUGUGACAGGGGCAUUGGAGCAUCGCAGAACCUCGGAAGCCCUCGCGCGCAGAAUCUGGAUGUCAUUCGUGGUCGAGGGCCGGGAUGCCUUGUAUUUCGAAGAUAUCUGUGAGGUGCUCGGCACCGGGUUGGAAGUGGAGGCGGAUGAAUGCAUGAAAAUGCUAGACCGCGACGGUAACGGCGAUAUUAGCUUGGACGAGAUGAUUCUGGCUAUUGGAGAAGUCCAGCGCAACAAGAAGGCACUGAACCACAGUUUGCAUGACAUCGAUCAGGCCACCCGAGUCUUGGACAAUCUCUUGAUGACUGUGGCAUUCAUCGUGGGUGUCUUGGUCUUUGUCUCCUUUGUGACGACUGGAUUCGGCACUGUCAUUGCAGCCGGUGCCACUUCUUUGCUCUCCCUCUCUUUCGUCUUCUCCACUACGGCCCAGGAAGUGCUGGGCUCGUGUAUCUUCCUCUUCGUCAAGCAUCCCUUCGACGUGGGUGACCGCGUGGAAAUCAGUGACAAGCCCUUUUUCGUUGAGCGCAUCUCCCUUCUUUUCACCGUGUUCCGCAACGUCAACGACCACCGUAUCACGCAGAUCCCCAACUCGAUUCUCAACGGCCUGUGGGUCGACAACUUCACUCGUGCCAACGCCAUGCACGAGGUCUUAAAGGUUCCCAUCGAUUUUGACACUACAUUUCAGAACAUCCAGCGCCUCCGCGAAGAGUUGGAGGGAUUCGUGCGCGACAAGGACAAUUCGCGUGACUUCCAGCCCGACAUCACCAUCGAUGUUAGCGGCGUCGGUGACAUGGAUAAGUUGGAGCUGAGCGUGUAUAUCCGCCACAAGUCCAACUGGUCGAACGAAGCAGUCCGCGCGACACGCCGCUCCAAGUUCAUGUGUGCAUUGAUCGCCGCGGUCCGCCGGGUGCCUAUCCGCAAGCCAGGAUCCGGUGGUGGCGACGAUGAGGAGAAGCCUGAGGACAAGCUGGAGGACACCCCUGAGAUCAUUGUUGAGGAUGUGGUCAAGCGCGCUAGACGCGACUCCGCCUCGUCCACCGAGCCUGUUCGCCGCCUUCCCCCGGAUUCUAGCUUCGCCACCACCGAGUCUCGCUCUACCGGCUUUGACAUGGGCCAGUCGCCAGACUCCAUCCAACGUCGUGGGGUUGGUGCCUCCGUCAGCUCCUACAGCGAGGGACUUAGCGCCGAGCACGCCGACCGCACCUACCCAAGCUCCCGUGAUGGCCAAGAAGUCGAUACGUAUCAAACCCCAGCCGGGUCGCCCGGCCAGGAGCGCACGCGGAGCGUCAACUACGGCUCGAUGACGCGCGAGCAGUCGACGGGCAGGCGCAAGGAGGGCACAGCUAACAUCAUCUCAACCGCCACGGGUGGUGUGCCGGUCCUGUCUGAACCAGUGCCCCCUCGGCGGCAACAGGAGCAACAACAACAGCAGCAGCCCGUGCGGUUAGUCUCUGAGCAGAACCAGCAAGCCCAGACCCAACAAGCCGGUGCAGCAGCUGCCGCUGUGAACGGGGCCUCGGUCGCGCGCCAGCCGGAAUAUUACAGCUACCAGGGCCAGUACUACAAUCCCGCGGAGGAGUCGUACGACCCCAACCAACCCUUUGAGCUCCCGUCGAUGGCGGAGCCGUCGGCUGAGGGUCAACGGGAGUAUUCGUCACACACCCUGGCCUCGUCGCGGACGGCCUAUUCAGGCGACUCGGCAGAGGAGCAUCAGCCUCGGGCAUACCCCCCGCGGCGGAACCCGUAUGAGGGUCAAUAA